UGCCUAAAAGAGAGAGAGAGAAAAAAAAAUGAAUACAAAUCUGCAAUUGAUUUUCAUAAUGUUUCUGCGGUGUUUGAAAACCAAUCGUUUUUGAACCUCUCUCAGAUCUUACCUAAGUGAACCCUCCUACGCCUCUAAGUGCUCCAGGACUGAUAUAUGGCAAUAUCUACUUGGGCAUCAUCACGUGCUCCUGGGGAGAGACUAAGACUAAGGACAGCGCGUCAUCCAGCCAUCCCAAAUUUUUCCCCCUCUGCAGAUCGCCUCCAAAACAUCUAUCUAUAGAGCCAGAAAGGGAGAAAGAUGUUUAACUCGGUUAACCUGAGCAACUUUUGUUCGCAAUCGCGCAAAGAGAGGAGUGCUGAAUUUGGAGACCGGACAGGCUGCGCUUCCAACCUGUACCUCCCCAGCUGCACUUACUAUGUGCCUGAAUUUUCUACUGUAUCCUCUUUCCUGCCCCAGGCCCCUUCUCGCCAGAUCUCUUAUCCGUAUUCCACCAACCUUUCCCAGCCAGUGCGAGAGGUUUCCUAUGGUCUAGACCCCUCCAGUAAAUGGCACCCUAGAAGCAACUACGCCUCCUGCUACCCUGCAGCUGAGGAUCUGAUGCACAGAGAGUGCCUCCCUCCUUCUUCUAGCAUGACCGAAAUGCUAAUGAAAAACGAAAGCGUGUACAGCCAUCACCACCACCACCACCAUCACCACCUUCCCAACUCCAACCACCCUACAAGCGGCUUCUACUCCAGUAUGAGCAAAAACACUGUGCUGCCCCAAGGAUUUGAUCGUUUCUUUGACAAUGCUUACAGUGGAGCAGACAGCCAGGCAGAGGACUGUGUUCCCAAGAGCGAUGGCAAGAUGGACAGUGACCCCCAAACCGGCGCUCUGUCAUCCGGAGCUGAGCAGGGACUAGACCCGGAAGACGAAGAGGAAAAUACAAACCCGGGCUCUUCAGCCUCAUCCUCUUCUGUCACCAACAAGGAAGGAAACAAGAGCAGCAAUUCCAGUGCUCCUCGUACAAGGAAGAAGCGGUGUCCCUACACUAAGUUCCAGAUCCGAGAAUUGGAGAGGGAGUUUUUCUUCAAUGUGUAUAUUAACAAAGAGAAGAGGCUUCAGUUGUCCAGAAUGCUGAAUCUCACUGACCGCCAGGUUAAAAUUUGGUUUCAGAACAGAAGAAUGAAAGAAAAAAAACUUAGCAGGGACCGACUGCAGUACUUUUCUGGAAACCCAUUGCUGUGAACUUGCUCUUUUUUUUGUGUGUAAAUUCAUGCACUGUACUUGUGGAGAGUGGAUCUUACAGCAUGGCUUGUCCUCUCUGAGUCCUCAAUCAUGCUCAGAGUCUGAGCCUUCUCUCUUC